AUGGCUGUCAACCUUUUCGCUCGUUUCGCGACGCUCUGCACCCUUGCGGCCCUUGUCUGUGGCCUCCCCUCUCUGGAGGCUCGUGGUCCUGAUCCGAUAUGCAAACAAAUUGAAGACACGGUCUCUUCAGCGAGUGAUGUUUACUAUCCAGGCCAGAUACGUUAUACACGAGGGAUCAAGCAUUGGGCGUCAUCGAGCACCCAGCACGCGAAAUGUGUUGUAGAACCUGGCACACCCGAGGACGUCGCGGUAACUCUUCAAAUUGUUGGAUCAACGCGGACUCCCUUCGCCGUGAAAGGUGGCGGACAUGCGUCAAACCCUGGUUUCUCUUCGACAACAGGCGUGCACAUUACCAUGACCCGGUUCAAUCAGGUAGUCUACGACCAAGCGGCGCAAACAGCUACCGUCGGCGCAGGACUGGUGUGGGACGAUGUCUACAGCGCGCUCGAGCCGUACGCAGUAAACGUCGUUGGCGGACGCGUCACCAAUGUCGGCGUGGCAGGGUUUACAUUGGGCGGAGGUUACUCGUGGAAGAGUAACCAGUAUGGGCUCACGGUCGACACAGUCACGGCCUAUGAACUUGUCAAGCCCGAUGGUGCCAUUGUUACCGUCACCCACGAUUCCGAUCCGGAUCUCUUUUUCGCUCUGAAGGGCGGCUUCAACAAUUUUGGUAUUGUCACGAAGUUCACGCUCAAAACGUUCCCUCAAACACAAGUCUGGCGAACAGGGUGGCUUGAUUACAUACACGAGUUCCCUCAUCUUGAUGCAAUCAACGCCGCUACGGCCAAAUUCUCCAACGAAGUCAUCGACCCCAAGGCGUCAAUCAUCACCACCUACAACUUUUUGAUCGGCCAACCUGGUGUGUCGUUAUUGCUUUUCUACGAUGCGCCUACACCCCCAGCUGGCAUCUUCGAUGACUUCCUUGCAAUCCCCCAUUUCACCAAGGACAUUAGCACUCGAUCGUUCUCGUCCCUCGUACUGGCAUCGCCUUCAGAUGCAACCGCAGGACAAAGGGGUGCCUUCCAUACCGUUCCCCUGGUAUCCUUUUCGGAAAAUCUCCUCAAAGCCAUUGUGAAUGAGUCUGUUUUCUGGGGCACCCGACUCGGCUGGAAGACAGCUUCGUUCAUUUCAUACGACGUCGAGCCUUUCCUUCCGACUAUCCUCGCUCAUGGCACCGCGGCUACGGCGUAUCCACCUGCGAGAGAGCAAAGUUUCUUGCCUCUCAAUCUCUAUUUCGCCUGGGGUCUCGAAAUCUUCGACUCCGAUUUCCAUGAUGCCAUCAAAGCGAGUGCUGCAAACAUCCGCCGGUUGGCCAUUGCUGAAGGCCAAGCAAGCAUUGUAGAUGCACCUCACUACGGCAACUACGCUCUCUUCGAUACCCCACUAUCUGAUAUCUACGGUGCAAACCUACCGGCGUUGCAAAUUAUUAAGUCAGCUAUUGAUCCCACCAAUGUUAUGGGUCUUGCUGGCGGCUGGAAGCUGUGA